AGUUCAGUGCCAUAUUUGUACAACUAUAGUCUAUAUCGUUCCAUAUAAAUACACUUGAAAACGGGGGCUUUUCGUUUAUUGGCAACUUUCGGUUAAUGUGUCAAACUAUUACUGCGUUUUACCUUUCGGUUCAGGCGGUGAACGCCGGAUGUACUAGUAGCCACUAGAGGCCGCUACAGGGCGCGAAACAGAUGGUGUUGAAGUAAUAGUGAGAGAGUUCGUUUUAUGGGUAGGUUUAGUGGUGGGGUUAGGUGUCAGGCGCAUAUGACGUGGUGCUGUUAGUCAUUCAUUGUAAAUGAGGUAAGCUGAGUGAAGGAGUAACAUGGAGUUUAGUUCAGUUAGUUCUGUUGAAGAAGGUGUCUGGUUUUUGGAUAAAGAAGACAGAGAAGUUACAGAAAUGUUGCGUAAUGAAGCAGUGUUGAAGACAGAAGAGAUUAAAAGCGGGUUUGCCUUUUGGUGCCGUAGUUGUCUGUGUUAGCUACAGCUGUAUUUCGUUUUAUGUAUUUGUAAGUAAGUUUGGAAUUGUUUUGUUUUCCGCAGUUUGUUUUUCUUUCUAUUCAUAUAUAAUAAAGGUAAAGGAUGAGAAAUGUGAAGUGUACCGUCCCGAGCUGCUUCAUAUGAACUGAGCCUUUAACUGAAUAGUGCAUCGUAUGCUAAUGUUCCUGCUGGCCCUGAACGCUGAAGAGAAAUAUAUUUGUAUGUGUGUGUGUGUGUACUAUGCAAUGCUGUAAUUAAACUGUAGUAAUUAGUGCUUUUCUGUUUUUUCUUUUCCAGAAGCGAUCACAUGUUGAAGACUCCCUACAUAGCUUAUGUUGAACUUGUUUCAUGAGAACACAUUUUUUUCUUCUUUCAUAGGUGAUCGAGUAACUUCUCCUAGCUGUGAUGUUGCUGAAACACAACACCGCUGCAAUGGUUUGGGCGCUUGCGUUUUGCGCUUUGCUAGUGUUUGCUCUUGAAGGUAAAGCACAGAAUACCACAGAACAGUGGGCACGAGAGCAACAACGCAACGAGACCGUGCUUCCUUUCCAACUUCUCGCGAGGUUGCCAGCUCGCCGUGACGUCAUUGUCAGGGAAGGCUCCAGUGCUGUGAUCGCCUGUAAUGUUACUGGAGGUCAGGAUGCACGUGUUGUUUGGUACAACUCCAAGGGACACCUGCUGGAGGAAGCUGAAGAGGCAGGAGGAAAGUGGCUGGUUUUGGACAGGGGAGUGUUGAACAUCACUGUGGUUGCUUUUGAAGACCGAGGCCGCUACACCUGCAUUGCGCACAGCUCCUCCGGGAGCUCAAACUACACCAUCACCCUGCGUGUGAUCUCCACCCACGGUGUGAUGGGGCUGUACUACGUGAUCGUGUGCCUGGUCGCCUUCACCAUCGUGAUGGUCCUCAACGUCACCCGCCUGUGCAUGAUCAGCAGCCACCUGCGCAAGACCGAGCAGGCCAUCAACGACUUCUUCCGGACGGAGGGGGCCGAGAAGCUGCAGAAGGCCUUCGAGAUCGCCAAGCGCAUCCCCAUCAUCACCUCGGCCAAAACGCUGGAGCUGGCCAAGGUGACCCAGUACAAGACCAUGGAGUUCGCUCGGCACAUGGAAGACCUGGCUCGGAGCAUCCCCCUGCCUCCGCUCAUCCUCAACUGCAGGGCUUUCGUGGAGGAGAUCUUCGAAGCCGUGCGCGUGGACGACCCGCUGCACCCGCGGCAGGCAGGCAAAGGGGGCCGGGCCAUCGGGGGCUGUCCAGACAGGGUCUUCACCAUCGAGUCGGGACAGGACGCUGUGCCCCCUCAGCAGGGUCAGGAAAUAGCAGUGCAGGCGUCGGUCCACCCUGCAUCGCACAACCAGCGAGACAUGGACACGGCUUCCAGCAGCAGCAGCUGUCAUUCAGAGCAAGAGGAAUCGACCGCUGUCAUGUUGGACCCGAGCGAGCAGAAACAUGUGCUUUAUUAACACGCCGGACAGCACCGUGCAGCAGUCUUCUUCUCUCCCAUCUGCUUUUAUAUAUGUAAACUGCUCCGUUCUCCGCUCACUUGGCAGGCAGACCCAGUCAUUAGGUUUGCGAUGCUGUGAGCAGUGAAGGGUUGGUGUUGGGUUUAAUCUUUUUAGUCCAGUGCAUUUUAAUUUUAAGGAUGAGCAAACUGCUAACAUUUAAAAAGAUAGAUAAAAAUGAUAGGAAAAACACACAAUUAAUCAGUGAGAUGUAUAUUUCUAGUUUCAUUAUCUAUUUAUUCAUUCUUUCUGUUGGUGCUAAAGUGUGUGUAAUAUAUAUAUAUAUAUAUAUAAAUUAUAAUUUUUACUCUUCAAGAUAAUGCAAUGCAAUACCCAUUAGGUGGUGCUGUUGUACACAUUUUAUGGUGCAUUUUAGUACUACCAGCUGUUUCUACUAAUGAAACGAUCUGACAGGAAAUGAAAGGGGUAAGUAAUGGAGAUUAGUUUUAGUCAUUCUCAGAAAUGAAGAUACAACAUGUGUUUUCCAGUAAGGAAACCAUACAAACGGUGCUCAGACUUUACGUUGCUAUCCAUGUCUGUCAGCUGGCAAAGUAAGAUGUGCAUCCUUGAAUGGUGCAAUAGCAAGGGAGAGCUGUAUUUGCAGUAGUAAAUGCAUCCUCGAGGGAGAGCUGUAUUUGCAGUAGUAAAUGCAUCCUUGAGGGAGAGCUGUAUUUGCAGUAGUAAAUGCAUCCUCGAGGGAGAGCUGUAUUUGCAGUAGUGUUUAGGCUCUUAUUGAAGUCUCUUUACCUGCCUUUCUGAAGCACUUCCAGAAGGAGGCUUUCUGGAGCAAACUGGACACCUCUUUAACAAAGUGAUCUGACUGCCCUUCUGUCCUCUGGGCUCUGCGUGAUUAAAAGGCUGUCACAGCGCAGUGCGAAGCUGACAUCCUUUUUGAUUUGACCAGCUGUGAUGAAGUGUGUGUUUGCUUUUAUUUCUCCAGAUGGUGGUUUUAAUUCCUUUCGCAAUGCCUGUGAUGAGACGUUUCAGCAGUGAAAUCCCCGAACAUUACAUGAAGCAUUCAUAGCCGUGCAGUGGGAACCCCUUUAAUGUGUAAACACUGUUUUGGGCUGUUUCAGUGGACUUCGUUCCCACCCUGAUCUAAAUGGUUUAAUUGAACCUAUUUAAACCUCCAUCCAGACCCGGGAGUCGUUCAUGAUCUCGUUGUACCUGUUAAACCUGGAGUGGAAUGCCCCCCAGCACUGGGAUGGGACACCCUUAUAGGUUUUGAUGAUAGGAAUUGCAAUAGAAUUAUUUUUUUUAUCCCUUCUAAAACUUCACGAUUUCUAUAAAUACCAGGGAGGUGUUGACAUCAGUACAGAUCCUGAGCCUCUUCUAAAUUCCAGUGAAUAGCUGUAAAAGACUGCGAGUCCUUUUUAAUAAGCAAACCCUUUUACAGGGAUCACAAUAAUUGGGCAACUGUCAGCCGCGCGGAAAGAACAACAAAGGAACGAGCACAGAGCCGAUUUCCUUGUCAGAUAAAACCGCUGCCUGUAUCAGGGACUCUUCUAAUGGGUGGGUUUUUUUUAUCCUAAUGAUAAAGGUGUGUCAUUCUAUCAAUUUGUAUUAUUAUCAUUAAUAUUUCACAGCUGUUCAUUCUGGCUGAAACACUUCUGCAAACACGUAUUUGAAAAAGUACCGUGUUUGUGCUUUAGCUGCCCUGCUGAACAGAAUACACCUGCCAGGUCAGCCGUGAUGCUCCAGGAUGAAGUUGAUGGGUUAGUUAGGAGCAGACUGAAGGUUAUUAAACUUGUGUAGAGUGAACUAUAGAGCAAUUUAGUCGCGAGGUCAUUCCAUUCCAGCAGCCUUACUGCCUGUAAAAUAAUGGACUGUGUAAUGAAAUAAUACAAGAACAGGCAUGUUAAUAGGAUGUGCCAAAUACCUUCUAUAAAUGACCGUAACCAGCAUGACCCUCAAGUAGACACAUUUGUCUUUUUAAUACUUUUAAAUCCAGGGAUUUUUCAUACGUUUAUAAGCAUGGUUUUGAUGGUAUUGGUUCUGCACAUUAUUCAGUGUGUCUAGAAGAAGGAUGUAUUUGUACGUGCUGUAUUGUGUAAUAGCCUAAACCUGCAUCCUUUAACACAUGUAUAUUCAGGUAUAUUUCGUACAGUUUUCUGUAUGGCUUUUCUAUAAAUGAAUGGGUUGUGUGUGUGUGUAUCGUGUAUAGUAUUUCUGUAUGUAGUUUUAUGCAUUAACCAACAAAGACCAGACCAUGCCAGUGUGCCAUGUAGAAACGUACCAGGGCAGGUUUAUUGUUGGCUAGUUUUUGUGUUAAUAAAGUACAUGUUUAACUGUUUCUAA